AUGCUGAAUAUUGCCGAUAAUAUUGAAAUCCUGAUUCCACAAGAAAUCCGCCGAUCAGGACGCCAUGGGAAACUGUCUAACGGGGACGCAACUUCCACCUAUGUAAAUCCGUGGCCGCACGCAGCGCCGAGAUGUGCUCCCGAUACAGGAAGCGGGCCCACCGAACCGACGCUGGAGACGCACUACGCCGAGUCGGAGAUUCAGAAUCUCGGCCCCGAAAAUAGCCUCUUCUUCGGCUCGAUCCGGCACAAUUCCCACUACUUUCCGGUCGUCGAACCGGUCCGGCCGGCCGUUCACCGCCUUGGCUACCCGGCAGCCACGGAACUUCCGGUGAACCGGAGCAGAAAGAGCCCGCAAAUUUGCCUGACGAGGCUGUCGUUUUCACUUGAUCUACGCUCGACGAUGGACCGGAUGUGCUUACGGGCCCGGCGCCACCUCCACAGUCUGCACGACGUCACGAUCGAUUUGACGGGCGGCGAGGCCACGGCGUUACUUUAUACGAAUGAAACCGAAGUCCACACCCUCCUUCAUCUCCUCGCCGCCCGGCAUCCACCAGAGGGUCGCUUUCGCGGGGAAAUCUCGAUGAACGGCCAUAUUUUGACGCUGAAACAGUUCGCCCGGCGUGCCGCCCACGUCCCUAUCGACGCCCCUCCAAGCGACCUAACCGUUCUGCAAUACCUCAAAUUCAUGAGCUACCUCGAGCAACCGGCCACUGCGGCUUUUCGACUUGAAAACAUGAUAGAUCAACUCAUCAAAACGCUUUGUUUAUCUCAAGUGAAACAUAGACUGCUCAAAAACCUCUCCGAAGCCGAAAAACAGCGCGCCAAGAUUGCUGUGGCGAUUCUGAAGGAUACCGAUAUACUCAUUGUGGACAAUGCCCUCCGGGACCUAGAUGUCUACGAAGUUGCUUUUAUUGUCGAUUAUUUGAGAGAUUGGGCGGUGAAGCUGAAUCGAAUUAUCCUGAUGGCAAUCGCGCCGACGAAUAUGGAGACGCUGCUGAUGUUUCAUAAAACCGUCCUCCUCGCUUCCGGGCGCAUCAUCUAUGCCGACUGGACGCACAAGUUGAUCCCCUACUUCGAGAGGCAUAAUUUCCCAUGUCCAGCCCUAAAAAAUCCAUGUGAUUAUUACGUCGACUUGGUGACUCAUGACCAUCUCUCCGCCGCUUCUUCCAAAGAAUCGGCGGCUCGGAUACGGUACCUAGCCGAUUUGUGGAAACGCGAGCGGCCCGUGCUGAACUUGACAACGAUACAAACCGUUUGCCCGCCGAUCAACCCUGCCGGAUUCUUGUUUAAAGUUUGGGUUUUGUUAAGAAGGCAAGCCUGGGUCGCCGUCAACCAUCCAUGCCGCUACGCUAGCGAGCUGUUGCUCGCCCUCCUGUUUUCGUGCUCACUCGGAGUUUUGUGCUAUGAUUUACCAACCGACAAGCGUGCCGGUAUCGAAGACCGUUUUGGUUUGGCGAUCGGCCUAUUUCUGUUUCUACCUCUCCUACUCGGGUUCUGGAAUAUUUCUCAAGUCCAUGCCGAACGCCAUUUUGUGUAUGGUGACGUGAAGAGCGGGCUCUACGGGCCGAAGACACACGUCAUUAGUAAGGUCAUCUUCGACCUCCCAUCCCUCUUUUGCAUCGUUUUAUUCGCGGCUUUUCCGGCCAUGACCAUGAGCGGGAUUACGGAAAUCGCAACGAUUCUGCAUCCCCAGAAUCUGGUGAACCUCGCGAUUCUAACGAUUUUGAUUCUCCUCCACCUCGGAAUCUUCCGCUACCUCGCCUGGAACCUGGCGCACUUUUUCCGGGGUCGUACGAUGGCCUUUGGGAUAUAUGCCCUUCUCCUGCUCGGCUCGAAUCUCUCCUCUGGACUCCUGGUUCGAUCCCAGGAUCAGCAGAAAUUCGCUCAAAACCUUCGCGUUUUUUCACCGACUUUCUGGGCGGCCCAGCCGUUCCUCGAGACGAUCUUCAUCCGGAAAAGCCAGCUGCAUGCUUGGAUCCAAAACGAUUUGAAGCCGGGGCUGCAGAGGCCGAAUUCGAGUCAAGAGCUGAUCUUCGACUGCGAGAAGCACAACAUUCUAGCGGCCAAGUUCAAGGAGGUCCCAAUCUACACCGUCGCCCAGUGCGCCAAGAUUCGAGCCACCCACGCUCUUUACGCUGCCGGCUUUGUGCCCUACAAGGUCCAAGAUGUCUCUGCCAUUCAAAUCCAGCCAAAAAAUACAGAAAAACCCUUCUUCGUCCCCACGACUCGGCCACCAGAUCUGACCGCAGGAGUGAUUGUGUACUGUUUUUACUUUGCCCUGACCAGCUCUUUCCUAUUUUUUGCGGCUUCGUUUAAUCAUCGGCCGAGGAUGGAU